AUGCUGACGCGACGAGUGUUCGUGAUAGCGUGGGCGGUGGCGAUGUACGUGAUGUCGCAAGCGAACCGCGAUGCAAAUCGUCUGUUCGAGGAUCUCCUGGCCGACUACAAUAAACUCGUCCGACCCGUGGACAACAACAGUGACACACUGAUCGUCAGAUUCAAGCUGAAACUCAGCCAGCUGCUCGACGUGCAUGAAAAGAACCAAAUCAUGACGACGAAUGUCUGGCUGCAACAUAGUUGGACGGAUUACAAACUGCGAUGGAAUCCUGAUGACUAUGGCGGUGUUGACGUUCUCUACGUGCCUUCAGACACGAUUUGGUUACCAGAUAUAGUACUUUAUAAUAAUGCUGAUGGAAACUAUCAAGUCACCAUUAUGACAAAAGCCAAGUUGUCAUACAAUGGUACUGUUGAAUGGGCACCACCGGCAAUCUACAAGAGCAUGUGUCAGAUUGAUGUCGAAUUCUUUCCAUUCGAUCGACAACAGUGUGAAAUGAAGUUUGGUGAGUAG